UUGACGAUCUCCACAUGUGGGGAGUGUGUUGUGCCGGACGAACGCAGCAGCACAGCAAAUCAAGUGGCGAGCCCGCACGCAUCCAGUAUAUUGUUUCGGUGUGUGUUUAACGCAGUGACAUUUUAAUUUUGUCCAGCUACAGUACGAGAUUUGUGUGGUCUUAGGCUUUGGACCAUGAUGUUGCCCAGAGAUCUAGCGGGUCUCUCGGGUGCGCUCGGCGUGGUUAUUAUCUGCGCCAGCGUGGUGUCCUUUGCGCAGGCAAAGGACUGUAAUACGACGCUAUGCGAUUGCAAGGGCAUCAAGGGACGCAUUGGCUCGAUUGGCUUUGCGGGCGUGCCCGGACGUGAGGGUCCACCUGGUGAUAUGGGACCAUUUGGACCGCCUGGCUACUUUGGCGAAAAGGGCGACUUUGGCGAAUAUGGCGAACAGGGAGAUAAGGGACAUCGCGGCGAUGCUGGACCACAAGGUGAGACGGGCUUUCCAGGCGCACGCGGUCAUCCUGGAGAGGAUGGCACGUCGGGUCCACGCGGCAUUGAUGGUUGCGAUGGUCGUCCUGGCCAGCAGGGACCUGCGGGUGGCCCCGGUGAGAAUGGACUACGUGGACCUAUGGGCAAGCCCGGCGCACCUGGCGCUCAGGGAGAUGCAGGCGAGGGCGGCAUCAACUCCAAGGGCACCAAGGGCAGUCGCGGUGAGCGCGGUCCAGACGGCACUGAUGGUCAACCUGGCUUCAUGGGCCCCACAGGCUACAAAGGUGACAUUGGCUUUGCCGGCAUUGAAGGCACCAAGGGUGAUAUGGGUGAAAUGGGCUUCAAAGGUGAAAUGGGCACCAUUGAAAGUGGACCCAUACUACAAGGCAUCAUGGGCGACAAGGGUGAGCCUGGUGAGGGUGAGCCUGGCAAGCUAAUAUACGAUGAUUCGCUUAAGGGCUACAAGGGCCCAACAGGACCAAAAGGCCGCAGGGGUCUACGUGGUCCGCAGGGUGAGAUAGGCCCAAUUGGACGCAAUGGUUUCCCUGGCUCACGUGGUGACACUGGUGAGCGCGGCGAGCGUGGAAAGCCAGGUCGCGAUGGUCUGGCUGGUGGUCCAGGUGACAAGGGCAUUAAAGGCGCACCUGGCUACAAUGGCUUAGAUGGCGAGGAUGGUCAGAACGGAGAGCGUGGCGAAGAUGGCUUUCCGGGCAUGCCUGGCGUACAGGGACCAGCUGGUCCCAAGGGUAUUUACGAUCCCAGCUUGGACAAGUCACUGCCCGGCCCAAUUGGCCCUCAAGGUGAUGUUGGCGCCAAUGGUCCACCAGGUUUGAAUGGCAUACCCGGCAAACCAGGACGCCGAGGUCAGCAGGGACCACCCGGUCCGCCUGGUGAGCAGGGGCUCAGCGGCAAUCGCGGUCCGCCCGGACGCAGCGAGAAGGGCGAUGAAGGCGAUUAUGGUUUGAUUGGUCUGCCUGGUCCACAGGGACCUGCUGGCGAUGCUGGUCCACCCGGACGCGUUGGUCUGCAGGGCGAUUCCGGACGCAAUUUGUACGGCCCCAAGGGUCAGCCGGGUCAGCACGGCUUGCCUGGCGCCGAUGGCUAUCGCGGUGAUCGUGGUGAAAUGGGUCUGUCUGGUGACAAAGGUCUGCCAGGUGAGGGCUUCAAUAUUGUCGGACCAGCCGGCUCACAAGGUCCGCCCGGCAAGCGUGGUCGUCCUGGCUUUGAUGGACGUCCUGGUUUCCGCGGUUUUCCCGGUGACAAGGGCUUGCGUGGGGAUGACUGCGGCAUUUGCAGCGCCGGACCACGUGGCAUCAAAGGCAUAUUCGGUGAUGACGGCUAUCCGGGUGACCACGGCGCACGUGGUCGCAUGGGUUUGACUGGUCCGCGUGGUCCUAAGGGCGAGCGCGGCCAUCCCGGAAAGGUGGGACACAAGGGCUUGCCCGGCACAGCGGGUAUUCCUGGAGAGCACGGUCCGCCUGGUAUGCCAGGUCGCAAGGGUAUUAUAGUGGAAGGCGGCAGCCAGCGUAAGCCAGACUCCGGCGAUGAUGGCGACUCUGGACGACGCGGCGAUCAAGGUGCGGAUGGUGAUCGUGGUCUUGAUGGCUGGCCGGGUAUGCCUGGCGUAAAAGGCGAUCAGGGUAUGCGCGGCGACUUUGGCGAAGCGGGCUUACCUGGUAAGGAUGGCAAGCCAGGCUUUGAUGGCCGCGAUGGACGACCAGGUGCUCCUCCGCAUACACCGAAGGUCUACUUGGCCGGCGAGCCAGGCUACAAUGGCAGAAAGGGCGAACGUGGUGAUGUCGGCUCGGAAGGCUUCAAGGGCCAGAAGGGUGAGCCGCAUCCUGGCGAGAUUAUUGAAAACAAGGGCGAUCGUGGCGAGAAGGGCUAUCCCGGACUGCCUGGUUUCGCCGGACAGAAGGGCCAUCGAGGCGAGCCUGGUCUAAAGGGUGAUAUUGGUGAGAUGGGCGUACCCGGUGAAGUCUUCGAGGGUCUUCCCGGCGCCAAGGGCUACAAGGGUGAAAACGGUGACUACGGACCACAAGGACGCCCGGGCAAGCCUGGCAUGGAUGGUGCACCUGGUCUACCCGGCAUUGGCGGCUACAAGGGACAGCGCGGUGAGCCCGGCCAGUAUAUUCUAUCCGGCGAGAUUGGCGUAUCCGGCAGACCUGGCCUCAAGGGCAUCGUUGGAGACGCCGGACCUUUUGGCUAUCCAGGCGCUAAAGGCAGACCCGGAGUUAAAGGCAUUAAGGGUGAGAAGGGCGACGAUGGCCAGUGGGGUCUGCGUGGAUUGCCCGGCAACAAGGGACAACGUGGUGACAUUAUUGUGGGUCCUCCCGGUCCACAAGGUGAACCCGGACGUACAGGCAGCGUUGCGCCGCAUGGCGUUAAGGGCACCAAGGGUGAGGUCGGUCUCAAUGGCUCGUAUGGCAGGAGUGGCGUCAAGGGCAGCAUUGGCUAUCCCGGACGCAUUGGCCGCGUUGGUGAUGCUGGUCCACCAGGCUACACUGGCGUGCAAGGACCACCAGGUCUCGCAGGCAUUCCCGGCGAGCCAGGCGAUCGCGGUGACAUUGGCACAGAUGGACGCAUUGGCGAUAUUGGUGCUCGUGGUUCUGUGGGCGAGUUUGGACUUAAAGGCAUGACUGGUGAGGUGGGUACAUUUGGCUAUCCAGGCAGGCCGGGUCUAUCCGGCAAGAAGGGUCAACCCGGUGAUCGUGGUGUGUCCGGACGUGUGGGACUUAAGGGCGUGUCCGCGUACAGCGGCAUCAAGGGCGAUAUGGGUGUGGACGGCAUGCAAGGUCCUCAUGGCUAUAAUGGCGCACCUGGCUUCAAGGGCCAACGCGGUGCUCCUGGAGAUUCACUGCCCGCCAACGAUGGCCUGACCGGUCGCAAGGGUGAAACUGGUGCUCCUGGACGCAAUGGAAUGCCCGGCCUAAUGGGUCUCAAGGGUGAUCAUGGCGAUUUUGGCAUCAUGGGUGCUGCUGGCUUGGAGGGUGAGCAGGGCGAGGAUGGCAUGCCUGGCUAUGCUGGUCGUCCUGGCAUGAUGGGACGCAAGGGUGAAACUGGACCCGUUGGACCGCUUGGCUCGCCCGGAGACUUUGGCGAUGUCGGUGAUGUUGGCUAUCCAGGCGCUCCGGGUCUACAGGGUGACGUAGGUCUUGCUGGCUUGGAUGGUGACAAUGGCAACAAGGGUGAGCAUGGCGAGCGCGGAGAAGUUGGUGAAAUGGGACCGAUUGUCUAUGAGGUCGACAUUGAAAGCAUGCGCGGCGAGGAUGGCGAUCACGGGAUGAUGGGCGAUCAGGGCGCUAUGGGCGACAGUGGUGAAGUGGGCUCCAUGGGUCCAUUUGGAAAACGCGGCGCUCGUGGUGAUUUUGGCUAUGCUGGUGUAUCUGGCAUGGAUGGCAUGCCUGGACCAAAGGGCAUGCUUGGAGACAAGGGCAUGCGCGGUCCACCCGGCGCCAGAUUGGUUGCAGAGCACGGCGAGGAAGGCGACACUGGCUACGAUGGCCUGCCCGGACGUCCGGGACGCCCGGGUCCCAAGGGCGCACCUGGCGAGCAAGGCGAAUACGGUUUGAAUGGCAGAAUUGGUGCAACUGGACCAGUGCGCGUGGGACCACCUGGUCAGCACGGUGACUUUGGCUAUCAAGGAGCACCUGGCCGUAAUGGAAUGCACGGUAUGGUUGGCCCCAAGGGCGACAUUGGUAAUGAAGGUCGCAAGGGCGAGCGUGGUGAAGCUGGUAUGGCUAUCCGAGGGCGCACUGGUGACAUGGGCGAUCGCGGUGAGCAAGGACCACAGGGAUAUGAUGGCAUGAAGGGCGAUCAAGGCUACAGCGGUCGUCCAGGUCGCACUGGCUUUGUUGGACAGCGCGGUCCACGUGGACCGACAGGUGAUGCCGGCUGGGGCGGCAUUGACGGCAUGGAUGGUCUCAUGGGCGAGAAGGGUGAAGCCGGCGUUACAUAUUCCUACACCUAUGCUCGUCCCGGUGAUCGUGGCGAGCCUGGCAUGGAUGGCUUCAAGGGUGAGCAAGGCGAUCAAGGCGCACAUGGCUUAGCGGGCGAGAUUGGUCUACAGGGCGUCAUGGGCUAUCGCGGCGACGUUGGCGAAAUGGGCUUUGCUGGACCCGAUGGCGACCAAGGUGAAAUGGGUGAGCGCGGCUUAAUCGGUUUGACUGGUCGCCCGGGUCUGCAGGGUCAGCCUGGCCAACAAGGUGAUCCAGCACCGCCACCACCACCACCCAAGAGCCGUGGCUUUAUCUUUACACGCCACUCGCAAUCCGUGCAUAUACCCGAGUGUCCGGCGAACACAAACAAGCUAUGGGACGGCUUCUCGCUCUCUGGCAAUGUCGGCAGCAGUCGCUCUGUUGGUCAGGAUCUUGGCCAAUCUGGCUCCUGCUUGAUGCGCUUCAAUACUAUGCCCUACAUGAUCUGCGAUUUCAAUAAUGUUUGCAACUAUGCGCAGAACAACGAUGACAGUCUCUGGCUGUCCACCGCUGAACCUAUGCCCAUGACUAUGACGCCCAUACAGUCCAGAGAUUUGAUGAAAUACAUUUCACGCUGCGUUGUAUGCGAAACAACAACCAAAGUUAUUGCGCUGCACUCGCAAUCCAUGUCCAUUCCGGACUGUCCCAAUGGCUGGGAGGAGAUGUGGACUGGCUUCAGUUAUUACAUGACUACAAUGGAUAAUACUGGUGGCGUUGGUCAGAAUCUGGUGUCGCCUGGCUCCUGCUUGGAGGAAUUCCGUGCACAGCCUGUGAUUGAAUGCCAUGGCCAUGGUCGCUGCAACUACUAUGAUGCGCUCAGCUCUUUCUGGCUGGCCGUUAUUGAGCAACAGGAUAUGUUUGUGCAGCCGCGUCAGCAAACGCUGAAGGCCGAUCAGACCAGCAAGAUCAGCAGAUGUACUGUAUGUCGUCGUCGCUAUGUCACACACGAGCGUACCAUAUCAUCAUUCAGCUCUGGCUCAAGCCUCGGGUCCAACUCUGGCUCCAGCUUUGGCUCAAACUCGGGCUCUAGCUCUGGCUCCAGCUUUGGAUCCAACUCUGGCUCUAGUUUUGGCUCCAGCUCUGGCUCCAACUCUGGCUCCAGCUCUGGCUUCAGCUUUGGAUCUAACUCUGGCUCGAGCCCUGGAUCCAACUCUGGGUUCAGCUCUUGGUCAUCAUCCGGUUCGCGUGGUGGUUCCAACGCAUUUAACGGAGGUAGAUCAAAUAAUGGAUACUCGAGCUCUGGCUCUGGCUCUGCGGAUGCCUAUCGCAUACCGACAGGAUACCGCACUGCCUCCCAGACACAGCAGCGCGUUCAGCCACCGCCAGCCAACCUACGCAAUCAACAGCGUGCCCAGCAACAGAAUCAGAAUCAAUACCACUAUGGGCGCCAGUACCAGCGUCCGCGCUACAACACCUACAGUUCUUAAGUAGCAGUUAAAUAAUUCUUAAGUUUAUGUCACUCCGAACUAAAAACAAAAAACAAAUUGUACCAAAUAGCGGUGAGGCCGAUUUACAUAUAACAUAAUAAUGCACUGCCCUGGAUAUUUUUUCAUGAAUAUCUUGAAUAUUGUAGGGAUUUGAAAACAAAGAUAACAAACAACCACCAAGCGAAAGAAACAAACCCCAGUUUUUGAUAAAUAAAAUUUACACAUAUAGUA